AUCAUUACACAAGACAAUAUUUUCCAUUUUUUUGUUGAUUUCACUCGAUUUCCAGAUAAUUUUCGACUCAAGGAGUUGAAAACAAACAAAUUUCGUGCAAACAUUGAAAAAUAAGCGAUAAUCAUCAAGGCAAUUCAUCAAUUCAAUGCAUAGAUAUUUACGGAAAUCAUUCAGCAGUGUCAUAGUCAACAAUCGAGACUUGUUUAAUUUUUGGUACAAAGUUCAUCGAAAAUCAAUUUUUAGAGCAAUGUCAACGAGUGACACGAAAGACACGAUUUUACAGGCGAGCGAAAGUUGGUUUGCCAAGUACAAAAACGCUCCCGAAGUCCCCGAUGGAAUAUUUCGAGGCGUGAUUGAUCGAUUUAAUGGCGUUACUGUCGAUUCUAACAUGGAAGAAUGUGACGACAGUCAAUUCGAAGGCAAGUUGAAAGACUCGUUAGCUUUCUGGAAAGAAGCGAAUCGACGUGGCGUUUGGUUCAAAGUUCAUUUAAGCAAAGCCAGUUGGGUUCCCGUACUUGCCAAGCACAAUUUUGACUUCCAUCAUGCCAAGGAGGGGUUUGUGAUGAUGUGUACGUGGCUGGCAAACGAACCGAUGGGGAUUCCGCCCUUUGCCCAUACAAUGGUUGGCGUUGGAGCUGUCGUUGUGAACGAUAAGCAGCAAGUUUUGGUCGUCAGUGAGAAAAAUGCGCUCGUUACGAAUAGUUGGAAAUUGCCUGGAGGGUAUUUGGAGAGAAAGGAGAACAUCGUUGACGCUGGAAUUCGUGAAGUUCAAGAAGAAACAAACAUCCAAACGACAUUCGAGACUCUUCUCGCAAUCCGUCAUGCUCAUGGCGCCGGAUUUGGUUGCUCCGACUUGUACGUUGUGAUGGCAUUGAACCCUCAGACAACGGAAAUCACGAAAUGCGAGCGAGAAAUUGCAAAAUGUGUCUGGAUGGACAUCGAAGAGUUCUUGCAGCAUCCAAAUGUGCACGAAACUAACCGGAGUUUCAUGCGUCUUUACUUGAAUUACAAGAAAAACGGCGUAAAAAUCGUUUGUCGCGAGGACGUUCAUCAAAUUCUGAAGAAAAAAUACAACAUUUUCGAAGUUGAGACGACUGAAAAGGAAUAAUUUGACCGAAUUUAGCAAAAAAGGGGAGAUUUUUAGUUGAAUUUUAAUGUUUUAUGUUUUGUUAUCAGUAAAAUUUGCAAUAAAAAACGUACAAUU